AUGGCUUCAGUGAGUAAGGAGCAAAUAAAGAUUCAGGAAGAGGAGGCGACUAAUGUUCUGUUAUUCAUACUGCAAACGGAAAAGUUAAAGAAACUAUUGUAGAUUCAAAAGGAUCAAAGAGAUGCUAACAUUCUGGCAGAGAUUGCAUCGAUAGCAAAAGUACCAUUUACAACGAAUCCUAGCAAAUAGGUUUCUUGAGUAAAUAUAAGGAUAGACCUUACUUCACUGCUUUGUGCAAACACCUUUACAUGCAGACAUUCGAACCUAAUUCAUGCAUUUUCAAAUAGGGAGAUGAAGGUGAUAAAUUUUAUGUGAUUCUGAAUGGAAGUGUUAGGGUGUUGAUCGAUUAAGCCACCACCUUGAAGGACGUGAUGAUCAAGAAAGAGGUGGCCUAAUUGAAGAAGGGGGAAUUCUUCGGAGAGAUGGCAUUGUAGUUUAAUUUAAAAAGAACUGCCACCAUCAUUACAAAUGAGAUAACCGAUUUGAUCAUCCUAGAAAAUGAGGCAUUCUAAUAAUUCAUGUUGGCUGAUCAUAUGCAGACCGAGAGAGUCAAAGAGACUAUUAAGUUCCUGGAAUAACUAGACAUCUUCUAAGGAUUCAGCAAUAAGAUUAUGGUGAGUCUAAGUACCAAAUGCAUACAAAAUAGACAUAAACAUUAGACAAUAUUAUUGAAGGCAGGCACGGUUCCGAAUAAACUGUUUAUUAUCAAAUCAGGAUGUGUUACAGUGAUUUAGAAGUUGCCAGGAGUCAAGUCUGAUUACACUCCAUAAGCAGAGUAUGGAUUUCCCUUGAAUGAGUACUUCGAAUUAACUGAAUUGGGAGAAGGAGAGAUCUUCGGAGACUUGGCCAUGUUGAAACAAGAGAAGUCUAAAUAUACUUAUAUGACUGCAAUUCAAUCUGAGAUAAUCACUCUAAGUCUAUUUGACAUCAAAUAGAUUGUGCCUCCAGAACUAUUAGAUUAAUACCUAGUUAAGCUAUAGACCUAUCCAGAACAAUCGGAAUUGAAGGAAAUGAUCAUUGAAAAGGGUCGAUGGGAAAAAUACAAGAAACAACUCUUUAACAAAAUACAGAAGGAGAAACAAUCUAGGAAAGGAUUCAACCAAGGGUUACGAUUACCCACCUUGAAUGACUCCUAUAUUCAACCACCCAACAGACACAAUAUCAAGGCCUUGUAUACAUUCAUUAUUAUAAAUGUAGUGUCAUCAAUGACAAACGACAAAGACUCACACCAGUGGAGAAAAGACUCUUCGUUAACGAAUUGAAUUACAUUCGCUAAUCUGUUUCUAAUGAGAGGCUCAAAAAGUUCUUACAUAGUUACUAGUGA